AGUAGUAUACGUGUUUGUGUUGACCCACCCACCCACCCGAGCGAAGAUUUGAUUAAAAAGAAGAGAAAGAUGAUGGUACUAUUAACUACUAGUAGUAUUUGUUUCCCUCGUCUGUUGUCGUUGUAUCCAAACUCACUCAUCCGACGCGGCGGUGGCAUAAGGAAAUUCCAUUUAUACCCUGUUAGAUGCUGCAGAAUGAUGAUGGAUUCAACAGAGAAGGGAUUGUCAGCACCGUUGCUUGACUCUGUAACUCAAGAAUUUAAGAAUCAAAGCCUUAUUCAGAAGAAGAAACGCGAACUUGAAGAUCUGAAUUGGGAUAAUUCCUUUGUUAGAGACUUACCCUCUGAUCCAAGAACCGAUCCCUUUCCAAGAGAGGUAUUGCAUGCUUGCUAUACAAAAGUAUCACCAUCAGUUUCAGUAGAUGAUCCACAACUCGUUGUAUGGUCUGAAUCCGUUGCCGAACUACUUGACUUAGAUAAUAACGAAUUUCAAAGACCUGAUUUUCCCCUUUUCUUCUCUGGUGCAUCACCUUUUGUUGGUGCCUUCCCUUAUGCUCAAUGCUAUGGUGGACAUCAAUUUGGUAUGUGGGCUGGCCAGUUGGGUGAUGGUAGAGCAAUCACUCUUGGGGAGAUACUCAAUUCUAACUCUCAAAGGUGGGAGCUACAGCUUAAAGGUGCUGGGAAGACUCCUUACAGUCGCUUUGCCGAUGGUCUUGCUGUGCUACGUAGCAGCGUCAGAGAGUUCCUUUGCAGUGAAGCAAUGCAUCAUCUCGGGAUUCCAACAACCCGUGCUCUUUCUCUUGUCACCACUGGAAAGUUGGUUACUCGAGAUAUGUUCUACGAUGGGAAUCCAAAGGAAGAACAGGGUGCAAUCGUUUGUAGAGUUGCUCAAUCUUUUCUGCGUUUUGGGUCAUACCAACUACAUGCCUCCAGAGGUAGUAAUGAGGACCUGGAGAUUGUUCGUGUUUUGGCAGACUAUGCUAUUAAACACCACUUUCCUCAUAUUGAAAACAUGAGUAAGAGUGAGAGCUUAUCUUUCAGCACGGGUGAUGAAGAUCAUUCAGUCGUGGAUCUUACAUCAAACAAGUAUGCAGCAUGGGCGGUAGAGAUUGCUGAGCGUACUGCUUCCAUGAUUGCUAGAUGGCAGGGGGUUGGUUUCACUCAUGGUGUGAUGAACACGGAUAACAUGAGCAUUUUGGGUCUUACUAUUGAUUAUGGUCCAUUUGGGUUUUUGGAUGCUUUUGAUCCUAAAUUUACCCCAAAUACCACAGACCUUCCAGGUAGAAGAUACUGUUUUGCAAACCAGCCUGACAUUGGUUUGUGGAAUCUUGCACAGUUUACAACAACACUGUCAGCUGCUCAUUUGAUAAAUGACAAAGAGGCUAACUAUGCUUUGGAAAGAUAUGGAACAAAAUUUAUGGAUGAUUAUCAAGAUAUAAUGACCAAAAAGCUUGGCCUCCCUAAGUAUAAUAAACAGCUGAUUGGUAAACUUCUUACUAAUAUGGCUGUUGACAAAGUUGAUUAUACAAACUUCUUUCGCACACUCUCAAAUAUUAAAGCGGACACAAGCAUUCCAGAUGAUGAAUUGUUAGUGCCAUUAAAGUCAGUGCUAUUAGAUAUUGGUCAAGAGCGUAAAGAAGCGUGGACAAGUUGGUUGAAAACCUAUAUACACGAGCUCUCUACAAGUGGCAUUUCUGAUGAUCAGAGGAAGACCUCCAUGAAUAUGGUAAAUCCUAAAUAUAUUCUCAGGAACUAUCUUUGCCAGACUGCAAUUGAUGCUGCAGAAAUCGGUGAUUUUGGAGAAGUUCGUAGGUUACUUAAAUUAGUGGAACAUCCUUUUGAUGAGCAGCCAGGAAUGGAAAAGUAUGCUCGCUUACCCCCAGCAUGGGCAUAUCGACCAGGUGUAUGCAUGCUUUCUUGUUCCUCAUGAGUUGUCUGCUUAGGUAGGCGUAUUCCAAAUAGCAGCAGAAAUAGGAGAGAAGGAUUUACAAAGUUGAAGAUUCAGAAACUAGGAAUUAAACAAAACAAAAAAUAGUGUGUAUUUAUUUGUAUUGUACUAGUAUAGAUGAGUUGGAAAACGAUACUGGAAGAAUGAUCUCCAGUUAGACACAAUUGGAUGCACUUUAUAUAAAGUUAUGUUACAAUUGUUCAUUUUUUUAA